GCAAGCGCGACUACGAAGAAAGGAAGGGAAAAGAUACAAUCGGAGCUGAAAUUGCUUGAAGAAUGUUAGGAGCUAAAUUGUGCCUACGUACGAUUUCAGGAAUGGGUUUUUUGGCGGAUCAAUCCAAUGUGGAAUCGAGAAUUGCUUAUCCCGUUGGCUGUUUCAAAUCAUCUAGUUUGCGUUUAGGGAAUACGCGAUGGUUUAGAUCAAGAUCCGUCUUUAUAUGUUGUAAGUCUUCACGAAGCUUCGAUAGCAAAUCCAAUGACGGUGGAGAAAGUGAUGAUGAAGAUUAUCUGGAAGCUAUUAUUAUGGUUUCAGAGACUGCCAGACACCACGAGAUGCGAUCAAGAGUAUCACAAAGAAAGACUAAUAUGCAUUCGUCUUCAUAUUCGUCGAAUUCUUCUGGACAAAGAAAUGAAUCUAGAGCUGAUACUUCACUAGGACUAGAUUUUCUUCAUCGUUUUCAGGGACCAUCCAUCUUUCUAAAAAUAUCUUGUGAUGGGGACUUCUUGUUACCAAUAAGUGUAGGAGAUUUGGCGGUAGAAAAGCUCAUUGAUUCCUCAAGAGAGGACAAAGAUGAUGAUUGGCCUAACUAUUAUCAGUUUGUGAGAAAUCUCGUGGAGAAACUUGACUACAAUGUAAGCAUGGUGAGGAUUACCAAGAGAGUGAUUAAUACAUACUUUGCAAGGAUAUAUUUUUGCAAGAAUGGGGAGAAAAAUAUCCUAAGCAUAGAUGUAAGGCCAUCAGAUGCGAUAAAUAUUGCCAAACGGUGCAAUGCUCCUAUAUACGUAAAUAGACAUGUUGUUGCGACAGAUGCUAUUAAAAUCGUGCAUGGGAUGUACAGAAUGCGUGAAGCAAAAACCGUGUAUGAUGUUACAUUAGACAGUGCUGCAGAAGGUCCAGAUUUACUAACUGAGGAACUAGAUCUGAUCAAGAAUCUUAACCUAGCCGUGAAAGAAGAAAGAUAUCAAGAUGCAGCCAUGUUGAGAGCAAAACUGAUGAAAUAUAUUGUAUCAAAUGAUUAAUAAACUGUGAUCAAGGUAUAUAUUAUUUAUUUGGAGUGCUUGUUUGACUAAAUCUUGAUCCUGAAUUUAAAAUGCUAAUUCAAAGUUUAGUAGAUCGAAGGUCGUACAUAUGAUGCUAUUGACGGUGUGUUCUCUGAUGGAUGGCGCAUUCUCUAUUCCAAUACUGAUAGUUUGAACUUGGCUACAAUUCGAAGUUUAUACUAACAGCAGCCCGCCUCUUGUAUAUCCUUUUCUUUUUGUACCAUAGACAAAAUCUCCCUUCACUACUUGGGAAUUAGCAUGUAGAUUGUCGGGGAGGGUGUUGGGAAUUUAUAUUUAUGUAACAUUUAUGUUGAACAUGGCUAUUAUAUCUUUUAUGAGAAUAUAAACAAGUUGUUGAUUUCU